UACCAAAACGAAACGCUCCCGCAAAAGCAAAACCCAGAACCCUAGCCUCCCUCCCUCCCUCCCUUCGCGCUCCCAUGGCCAUGGCCACGGACUCGGCGGCCGCCUCCAGCCCCCGCGGCGCGUCGAGGAAGCGCCCGCGGAGCCAGUCGCCGCCCCCCGCAGGAGAGGGCCCGAGCGAGCCCGCGCUCGCCCGGCCCCGCUUCGCGGAAAACCUCGACCUCGUCCUCUCCCUCCAGGGCAAGGAGCUCUCCCUCCAAAGAAAGGUUGAACUGGCAUUCAAUUUUAUAAAGGCCGAGUCAAAUCGUUCAACCCAUGGCCAUAGAGCGGACAAUAUCCAGCUAUUGCGAAUGGUUUCAUUUAUUGGAAACUGGGUGCAAUCUAUCCUACUUCCGUCUAAGAAAGUUCCAGAGCCUUUUGAUCCUGUUUUAGAUUAUAGAUGCUGGGAAAUUCUGAGAUUUUGCAUUGAAAAGAAGCCGUCAGUCUCAAUUUCUCUGAAGCUACUUCAACCACUUGGUUGCAUUGCAAAGGAUGGUUUGAGCAGAGUUCAAAUCGGCGCUCCAUGUGAUGACCAUGAAUCCUUUUUGCUCUUUGAACGAGUUUUCGACUGCGUGUCCUUUCUUUUCUCCUCCAAUACAAGAGCUUUCUUCAACGCACCCGUGGAUUUGUGGAUCUCUUGUGUCACCGAGGCUAUUAAUCUUGUCCAGAAGGUUUCAACUAAUGAGAAAAAGGGUUGUACCAUUCUUCAGAAUCUUGGAAAUUGUCUGCUUGAGCAAUUUUCAAGCUUUCUCAGAUUCCAUGCAAAUCCUAAGAAUAUUUUCCGUCCUUUUGUUGACAAGAUUCUUGAUCCACUGUUGGAAUUGUUGGUUUUACUUAAUUCACAAGCAAAUUCUAUCAAGCACAAGCACGCAGGAUCCACGUUGAAGAUUGCUGAAGAAAUUUUGUCAAAUGGACUGUUUCAUCCACAACAUCUUAGUGGAUAUUUUGGGCUCAAGAAUUUGAAUAAAGGUAUUGUCAAGGAUGUCAAAGGAAGCUACCAUAGGCAUCUGUUUGAGCGAUUCAAGGGAAUAAAAGCAGAAAGCAAGGCUGUAUUGCUUGCUGGGUUCGGUUACUUGCUUCAAUUGUUUGUUACCAGGGCUAGAAAUCAAAGAACAUCUUUAGCACCAAGGGGUACAUCCUUCAAAAGCCCACAAAAAACCAGUGAGGGUUCUGAAGAACCCCAGCAACAAGGAGAAUCCAUUUUUGAAGUGUUCAUGCAAUUUAUGGAACCUUUGGUGUUAGAAUGCAAAUCAUAUUCGCAAAAGGACUUCUCUGAUUUAGGAGUCACAAAGCUAGUAGAAGUUCAUUGCAUGCUGAAGUCCAUCAAUGAGAUGCUAGCAACAGUUACUGAAGAGAAAAUUUAUGUCCCUACAGAGGACACAUCGGAAGGAUCUUAUCUCCAGUUCUUGCAAGAAAUUUACAGGGUCUUAAUCUUGAUGGCUGAAAAAAUGUACGACUUCUGGGUGUCAGCUCUGCAUUUAGAAGAUACAAACGUUAAGAAGAUGCUGCCUUUAAUGUUUGUGGAGAUUGUUGUUGCAGUUGGUCAUUUUCUAGAAAUUGAAUACAAGGUCAUGGGGAGUGACCUUGUAAAAUUAUGGUCAAUGAUUUUUGCUUUGUCUGCUAUCAAUGCAUCUUCCAAGGACAUCAAACCAUGCUUACUACUAACCUCAAAGAUUUCAAGCCUUUCGUCCCAAGUGAUUCGUACAUUUAGUGAGCUUCGUCAGGUUGCGCACUCCAUUUGUACGCUGUGCAAUACUGUGAGAACAUUCAGAGCUGUUGCUGGUCCUGAUGCAGUACCAGGACCGUUUUCUGUGGCUUCUUUAUCCUCACAUAAAUGUUUUGAAUCACUGGCAACAUUGCUGAGCUCCCAAACAUUGAGGGAUGCUAUCUGUACUUCAAUUAACUCAAUGCCAGAAGGACAGUCUAGUCGAUGCAUAGAGGAGCUGACAGUAGAUCUUACAGAAACAUUGAAAUGGAUGAAAAGUUGCGACGAGUUUGUAGAUUUGGAAACACAGGGAGAGCCCCGCUUGAUGUCCAGGAAGUCAGUUUUUCAUCAGAGAGCUGAACUUUUUGGAAGGUACUUAUCUGAACUAUACACAAGCGUGCUUGACUCAAUAACUGUGACCGCUUCAAAUACUACACUGGUUGCAAAAUCUGUUGAAAGGUUGGUCAACACAAUACGUCCCAACUUGAGUCAGUUGAUGAGAAAUGAAUCAAUUAAUCCAAGUAAGUUCAUUUCUUCAGUUGUAGGAAAGAACCUAUCUAACAAGCAAUGUGCCAACUGGCAAAAGAUUCCAAGUUUGUCUUGGUUUUUUGCCUUCUUCUUUCGCAUAUAUACAUCAUGUAGGAGUCUGUAUCUGCAAUCUGUUGGCCUCAUGCCUCCAAAUUUAGCAAUAGAAGCAACAGAAUUAGUGGGGAAUUCAUUCAUUGUAUGCUGCGGAAAGGAAUGGACCAAUACAUCCAAUAUUAUCGCUGAAGGCUACUUUGCUUGGAUUGUUGAAAGUGCUGGCUCCCUUUGGGAAGUCAUCGAAAUUUUAUCACAGUCCCUUCCAAGAAACCAUUCUGGUUUUACUACGCUUUUUUACACCCUUCAUGUGAUGGCUCUGCAAAGACUCGAAGAUCUUAACAGGCAGAUUAAUGCAUUUGACUUUUUGCUUGAAGACGGCACACAGCAGUUUGAUACUGAGGAUAGGGGAAAAACUGAGUUAUUAAAGGAUCCUUGCUGUCUUGAGGCUGCUCGACUAACCGGUUUUAUGAUGAACUAUGUGAGAACAUUAUCUUCAGGAGGAACUGACAGGACUUCUUCCUGGGAUAUGAGUAUAUGCUCUUUAGAUGAAGAUUCUUUUCACAUAGCAACUUGGCGGCUUCUGUGUGAAAACAUUGAUAUUUGGAGUUCUCAUGCAUCGAAGAAGGACCUAAAGAACUUCUUUUCGAACCUGAUAAAGUUUUCUUUUGUUCAAAAGAGGUCAUGCAGAGAUGAGGAGAGUAGUGACUGUCAGGAUUCAUGCAGAGAAAUAACCUUGCAUACUAUUUCGGUGGAGCUUCUUUGUGAUACUAUCAUUUAUGACCAAAAGGUGCUAUUAAAGAAUUUGGUAUCAUGUUUUUGCGGUGCUCUCAAGAAAUCAACAUCUUCUUUUAUCACCAGAGCUGAUGAAGAUAAUGCCUUAUUGAACAUCUCGCCUGAUUUGAUGGAGAUAUUAAAUAAACUGAAUAAUGAGAAGUUGGUCCAUACAUAUCCUGAUUCUACACAUGCACACGGUGUAGAUAAAUACCGGAUCUGUGAGAAUUUACUAAAUUUUUGUAGCACAGUUCCCGGAUUUCAUUCCAACUCCAAGUCAUUCUUGCAACUUAUAACUUACAUUCUCCAUCUUGAAAGACUUCUGCUGUUGACAUUGCUAAGUCGCCAUUAUGAAUCAUGUAAUCCAAUUGAGCUAAUCCGUCUGUUUAUAUGUUGUCGAAGGGCAAUGCAAAAUCUUGUUUUGAAAUUUGGCAAAGAGUACCCAGAUUCAAAGCAAUACUCCACGUCUUCUGAACUUCUAGGUAACUCAUAUUCUCUGAUUUGGCUUUUGAGAUCUGUCCAGGAGAUUAUUGGAUUGUCACACGAAAUAUUUGGUGAGCACACUGAUCAGAAGAAAAAUACCUUGUUCUCCUUGGUAGACAAGACAUCAGAAAUAUUUUCUACACUAGCGAACAUGAAUUCGAAAUUUUGCUUGCUGGGUCCCAAGAAACAAAUUGGAUCUUCCCUGAAGCAUACUGCUAGUGAAAGUGACACUUCUGAACAUGAUGGUCAGGCAUUUGAUACUCUAGAAAAUUUAGCUUUGGAGCAUGUCAAAACUAUGGCUGAACAGUUAGAGAAGACUACAGCUGGCAUACCUGUAACCACAAAGGAUUGCAAGUGUGUUAUAAAAAUAGAGAACUCUUAUGACAAUGUGUGCUGGGAUAAACUAUUAUGCACCAUGUCUUGCAUAGGUGGAUUCUUGUGGGGUCUUGUUUCAGCAUUUGAAAGCACAAUCAAAGACUAUCCAACUGCAAGCUCAGAGGAAAGAAAACUGAUGCUUCACUAUGCCUCCAAUUUCAGCAGAUCUAUUGCUAAAUUUGAGACCUUUGUAGAUAUCUGUCUGCAUGUCUUGUUUAUGGAGAACAAGGAUUUUGGGUCUGUUGAUUUGAUCUCUUGUCGUCUACCACAAGAGCUGCUUUGUGAGAAUGGUUUUCUGAAUAUUGAAGUAGUCAUGGAUGUUUGGACUAUGCAUCAGCUAAAGGAUAACAAAUUACAGUCAGAUGGUCCACCCGGUAUGAAAAGAUCUCUUUUGGAAAAUCUGUUAAAUGGUGAAGGUCCAUUUGUAGCAUUUACUUUGAGAGAGCUCUACAGUGUAUCUGCUGCUAUUGUUAAGUUGAAGGGCCUCAUAUCCUUUUCAGGCGAUGUCUGUAGGAAGGCAUGCAAUCCUUUCCAACACCUGUCGCUAAAUCCAAUGGUUGGGACAGCUUGCAUUGCCCUACAGAAAAUUGCAGACAUGUCUGAUUGGCCAGAUAUGUUUUCUCUUGUAUGGAUUGAUGGAAUAUUAAGAUAUCUUGAAGUUUUAGGAACAUUUCCUGAACUCAAGUUGUCAAAAGAACUGUAUGCUCAGAUAGUAAAUGCACAUGUGAGUGCUAUUGGAAAAUGCAUUUUACUUCAA